AUGAGGGGAGAGUCUAAGCUCGGUGCUGCUGCUCUUCUUUCUCUCUCUUCCAUUUGUGGAGCUGAAGGUAAUCUUGUUCGUACUUCUGUUUAUAAUUCCCACAAUUUCUUUCUUGGCUUUCGAAAUUACUCCAACUGUACAACAGAUGUUGCUGUUGAUGACUCUCGAUUGUUGCUCAGAUCUAUGAAACAACAAUGUAAAUUAGGGUUUAUUAAAAUUGAACAUGUUGUUUCCCUCUUCCAUGACAUGAAAUCAUUGAGUCCUCUUCCUUCCAUAAUUGAUUUUAGUCAGCUGUUUACUGCAAUGUGUAAAAUGAAACCCCACCCCCCGUUUUCCACUGUCAUUUCUCUCCAUAGACAGUUGCUGCUGUCAUGUCUCCGUCCAGAUCAUUAUUCCCUUAAUAUUCUGGCUAAUUGCUAUUGUCGUUUGGGCCAUGUUAAUUUCGGGUUUUCGAUUCUCGCUUACAUAAUUAAGCUUGGCUAUCAACCUGAUAUUGUCACCUUUAGUACCAUCAUUAAUGGCCUCGUUCAAUCCGACCACUUAGACCAAGCUGUUGAAUUGUUGAAUAAAAUUGUCAAGCUUGGGUUUCAGCCCGACUUGGUUGUCUACGGUACUAUGUUCAAAGGUCUCUGCAGGGCUAGCAACAAUGCCGGUGCUCUCAAACUGCUUCGGAACAUGGAGUCUCAUGGCCAUUAUACACCUAAUGUUGUGAUUUAUAACACCAUCAUCGAUAGUCUUUGUAAAGACAAGUUAUUACCUCAGGCCCUCAGCCUUCUUGCGGAGAUGAAAACCAAGGGCAUCCAACCUGAUGUUGUCACCUAUAGUACCUUAAUCCGAGGCAUGUGCUCUUUGGGGCAAUGGAAAGAUGCUGAGAAGUUGUUGACUGAAAUGUUGGGAAACAAUAUAACUCCUGGUGUUUACACCUACAACAUAUUGAUUGACAUGUAUUGUAAAGAAGGCAAGGUUGGGGAAGCAAGGGAUAUAUUUGAAUACAUGAUUAAAAGAGGUCAGGUGCCUAAUAUCAUCACUUACAAUGCUUUGAUAGAUGGAUAUUGUUUACGUGGUCAAAUGGACAAGGCAGAAAGGUUUUUGGGUUUGAUGAUGAAAGAUGGCUGCAAACCAGAUGUAGUCACCUUCAGUAGCUUAAUAAAUGGAUUCUGCAAGUCAAAAAGGCUUAACAAAGCAAUUAGCCUUUUUCAAGAGAUGUGCCUUGAAGGAUUAUCCCCUAAUGUUGUCUCGUAUAACACUAUAAUUGAUGCUCUGUGCAAGGACAAUCAACUCUUAUAUGCACGACAGCUUUUCGAGGAAAUGAAAUAUCAUGGACUAAAGCCAGAUGUAUUCACGUAUAAUUCAUUUCUUCAUGGCCUAUGUAAAAGUGCACUGAUUGACGAGGCAGUGCACUUCUUUAAGGACAUGAGAAACUGUGAGGUUCUCCCUAAUAUUAUAACGUGCAAUACCUUGAUUGAUGGCCUGUGCGAAGCUGGACGAUUUGGAGAAGCAAUGGACCUCUUCUCUUUUCUUGUAGAAAAAGGGCUUCAUAAUGUGUAUUCCUACAACAUAAUGAUCAAAGGGUUUUGCAAAAAAGGGUUGUUAACUGAUGCUGAUGAACUAUUGAAGAAAAUGGAGUGGAAUGGAUGUCUUCCUAAUGAGUGCACCUAUAAUACUAUUAUAAAAGGGUAUCUGUAUGGUAAGGAUAUCAGCAAGGCUUUAGAACUUGUCCGCACUAUGAGAAGCAAAAAUUUUGCAGCUGAUGCUCACACAACUUCAUUAUUUGUUAGUUUACUCUCUAAUCAUUCUCUUAGUGUCUCAGACAAGGCUCUACUUCGAAAUUUUUGUCUCUGGUGGCCCAGCUUUUCUCAGUUGGUUCCUGAUCAUGUUGAUCAUUCAAGCGGUGAUCAAUCAAUUGAUCAAUUGGAAGAGUCGCCUCAAUUAGUUUUGCUUCAACUCUCUGAUGCUGGUGGAAGACUUGUUAUUGCUUCUGAUGGUAUCUGGGAUACUUUAUCAUCUGAUGCUGCUGCAAAAGCUUGUCGAGGACUUCCAGCUGAUCUUGCCGCAAAGUUGGUUGUUAAGGAAGCCUUAAGGUCAAGGGGUCUAAAGGAUGAUACAACUUGCUUAGUUGUUGACAUUAUUCCAUCUGUGCAUCCUGUCUUACCUCCACUGCCACAAAAGAAGCACCAUGGACUGAGCGGACUGAUAUUUGGAAAGAAAUCUCACAAUCUAGCAAGCAAAUCAUCAAAGCUUUCUGCUGUGGGAGCUGUGGAGGAGUUAUUUGAAGAGGGUUCUGCUAUGCUUGAAGAAAGAAUAGUGAAGAUGAGGGGAGAAUCUAAGUUCGCUGCUGCUGCUCUUCUUUCUCUCUCUUCCAUUUGUGGAGCUGAAGGUAAUCUUGUUCGUACUUCUGUUUAUAAUUCCCACAAUUUCUUACUUGGCUUUCGAAAUUACUCCAAUUGUACAACAGAUUUUGAUGUUGAUGAUGAUGACCCUCGAUUUUUGCUCAGAUCUAUGAAACAACAAUGUAAAUUAGGGUUUACUAAAAUUGAACAUGCUGUUUCCCUCUUCCAUGACAUGAAAUCGUUGAGUAAAAUGAAACCCCACCCCCCAUUUUCCACUGUCAUUUCUCUCUAUAGACAGCUGUUGCUGUCAUGUCUCCGUCCAGAUCAUUAUUCCCUUACUAUUCUGGCUAAUUGCUAUUGUCGUUUGGGCCAUGUUGAUUUCGGGUUUUCGAUUCUCGCUUACAUCAUUAAGCUUGGCUAUCAACCUGAUAUUGUCACCUUUAGUACCAUCAUUAAUGGCCUCGUUCAAUCUGAUCACUUAGACCAAGCUGUUCAAUUGUUGGAUAAAAUUGUCAAGCUUGGGUUUCAGCCCAACUUGGCUGUCUACGGUAUUAUGUUCAAAGGUCUCUGCAGGGCUAGCAACAAUGCUGGUGCUCUCAAAUUGCUUCGGAACAUGGAGUCUCAUGGCCAUUAUACACCUGAGGUUGUGAUUUAUAGCACCAUCAUCGAUAGUCUUUGUAAAGACAAGUUAUUACCUCAGGCCCUCAGCCUUCUUGCGGAGAUGAAAACCAAGGGCAUCCAACCUGAUGUUGUCACCUAUAGUACCUUAAUCCGAGGCAUGUGCUCUUUGGGGCAAUGGAAAGAUGCUGAGAAGUUAUUGACUGAAAUGCUGGGAAACAAUAUAACUCCUGAUGUUGACACCUACAACAUAUUGAUUGACAUGUAUUGUAAAGAAGGCAAGGUUCGGGAAGCAAGGGAUAUAUUUGAAUACAUGAUUAAAAGAGGUCAGGUGCCUGAUAUCAUCACUUACAAUGCUUUGAUAGAUGGAUAUUGUUUACGUGGUCAAAUGGACAAGGCAGAAAGGUUUUUGGGUUUGAUGACGAAAGAUGGCUGCAAACCAGAUGUAGUCACCUUCAAUAGCUUAAUAAAUGGAUUCUGCAAGUCAAAAAGGCUUAACAAAGCAAUUAGCCUUUUUCAAGAGAUGUGCCUGGAAGGAUUAUCCCCUGACGUUGUCUCGUAUAACACUAUAAUUGAUGCUCUGUGCAAGGACAAUCAACUCUUAUAUGCACGACAGCUUUUCGAGGAAAUGAAAUAUCAUGGACUAAAGCCAAAUGUAAUCACGUAUAAUUCAUUUCUUCAUGGCCUAUGUAAAAGUGCACUGAUUGACGAGGCAGUGCACUUCUUUAAGGACAUGAGAAACUGUAAGGUGCUCCCUAAUAUUAUAACGUGCAAUACCUUGAUUGAUGGCCUGUGCGAAGCUGGACGACUUGGAGAAGCAAUGGACCUCUUCUCUUUUCUCGUACAAAAAGGGAUUCAUGAUGUGUAUUCCUACAACAUAAUGAUCAAAGGGUUUUGCAAAAAAGGGUUGCUAACUGAUGCUGAUGAACUAUUGAAGAAAAUGGAGUGGAAUGGAUGUCUUCCUAAUGAGUGCACCUAUAAUACUAUUAUAAAAGGCUAUCUGUAUGGUAAGGAUGUCAGCAGGGCUUUAGAACUUGUCCGCACUAUGAGAAGCAAAAAUUUUGCAGCUGAUGCUCACACAACUUCAUUAUUUGUUAGUUUACUCUCUAAUCAUUCUCUUAGUGUCUCAGACAAGGCUUUACUUCGAAUUUUUUUCGAGAUCUGAGUAGUUAGGUGUUUGUCCUUUAAUAGUACGAUUUGUAGUUUAUUGUAAUUCUCUGAUUUGCUGGUCACAGAAUCUACAUUAUCUAACAUAUGAUCUCACCUUUUCUUUUGA